UGUUGUUUCGAGUGACAAGGAAGUGGAUGCUCUCAGAAAGUUUGCUAACUUCUUCCUGGAUUGUGAGGCGGAUGGUGGAUUGCUCACAUAUCGACUGAUGUCCCGUAUUUUGGGAACAAAAUGGCGUUGAUGUUCGAAAGCAUCAAAACUAUUUUCGGCGAUGUGGAUACCUUUCUACAGGAAACUCUGAAAAAUGAAAAACUUUCCAAGUCAUGUGUAGAACAACGGCUAAAUCUGGUCGAGAAAAUCAACAAACUUCUGGUGGAAUAUCCGCAAUUAGCCCCAGACAAAAACAAAACAGCUUCAAAUUCCUCUUCUCCAUCGACUUGGGCAGCUUGGAAAAAUAGGCUGUCUAUGUCCUUCCUUGAUGUCGACAAAGGAGAUGAGUCAUCCCGCACAGGUGGUAGUUCUACGACAGACGAUGGGGAGGAUCCGUACUCAGAUCAAAAAUUCCCAGACAUAGCAGCCCAGGACUUGAAAGAUGAAGUGAUGUCAGGAUUUCUGGAAAAGAAACAGAAGAAAGGGUUGAUACUGAUUCCCAAACUCCAGAAGCGUUGGUGCGUGAUUAAGGAUGACCGCAUGUACUAUUACGAGAGUAAGAAGGAUAAGAAACAGAAAGGAGCGUUCUGCCUGAGUGGCUACAGCUUCCAGGCGGCACCAGACGUCGUCAAAGAAGCCAACAAGAAAGAGCUCAGCUUCGAGAUCCUAUGUCAAGGGAAGCGCACAUACCAGUUUGUAGCACUGAAUACUGACGAUUAUAACAAAUGGAAAUCUGCUAUACAGCGAGUAAAUGAACCACAGAAAUCUUACGACGAUGAUCCAGACGACAUUUACGAACCGAUUGAGGAGCCCCUGGAGCCACCACAUGAGGAGGCAGCCAAGCCUGACGAUAAUCAAGAAAUUUAUGACGACACUGCGCCAGUACCUGAUGACGACGAGCAGGAAACAUACGAUGACUGUGGUAGCGUAGCUCCGCCUCCAGCUGUCCCGAUGCGCGUUCCGCCAGCCACUCCCCCAACAGUCUCUGGGCGGAAACCUCUUCCACCUCUUCCACCAGACUCUCAGCCUCCUCCCCCACCCCAAAGUAAGCCUCCUCCCCCACCCCCAAGUAGGAAUCCCCUACCCCCUACCCCACCCAAGCCAGACGCACCAGAGCCUGAGCCCAAGAAACGGAAGAUCGUUAAUCCGAAGGAAGACUUUGAGAAUCUCUAUUAUGGUAAAUGGGACUUCUCCGGUGGUACAAAUGACGAACUGACAUUUAAAAAAGGUGAUUUGAUUCAUAUCAUCAGUAAAGAGUUUGAUGCCAAAUCUUGGUGGGUCGGAGAGCUGCAGGGUAAUUAUGGCCUAGUACCCAAACUACACCUUGUUCCGGCGUACGAGGCUGCGUCGGCCUAGCUCACAUAUGUGUACUGGACAUGGCUUAUUUUUGAGAGAACCUAAUUGCAGACUUACAAUCAUCUGAUGGUUUUUACAAUGCAUUAAUUGUCAUUUUAUGUUAUUUAGAAUUAAAUCAUAUUUAAAAUAUUUAUAAAUACCA